AAAUUCACCGGUCGCGACCGUCAGCAGCGUUUUGUAAACAAACAUCCGGUUCAAGAAAACGAGCACCUAUUCGACACCGACAGAUCCGGUAUCAGUUGGCCACGGUCGCAUACGCGAUCCUCCUUUGUCUUCCCCGCUGGUCCUUUAUUUCUUUAAUUCGUGUGCGUACUGGAUCUUCAUUUUCAUUUGUUCCUAUCGACUCAAUUCUCAUUUGUUUUACGGCUUUCUGGUGUUUGGUCUUUCGAGCCGGACAAAGUACGGUAAACGCGUUGGUACCCGGAUUUUCGUCACGGAUUUUUUCGUUUUGGUGUUUUUUGGACCUUCGAUAGUUUUAUGGUGUGUGUUUGGGUUGAUAAGUGCGUGGACAGCCUUCAGAAACAGGAUGUGCGGAUACCUACACGGCUGCGGAAGAUGACUGUUAUCGGAGAGAAAUAUGUAGACGACAUCUGUGCGGACGGUUGCGGAGGUGUUGGUAAUGUCUCCUCCCCUCACACGGCCGCCGGCGAAGACUCCUCCUACGAUUCUGACUACGAGGCGGAGUCCGCGCACGGAAGCACCGCCCACCAGGAUGUGUCGCGUACGGCCAGCGACACCCUUGCGGCAGAGUACGCGGAAUAUGUACAAUGUGGCAACGUCGCAGCGGCUGCGGUCACGCCUAUGGCAACUGCGCAAGCGCAGAGUGUAAUCGGUGUGCAAGAGGUCACCGCGCAGGCGGGGUACACGGCCAGGGUAGAGUUCGCUCUGAAGCUAGGGUACACGGAACGUCUAGUACAAGCGGCUCUGCAAAAACUGGGCCCUUCGCCCACUCAAAAUGAGCUCCUGGCCGAACUGAUCAAACUGGACGCCCCCCGAAGAGGGGCGGGCGGAGCACCAGGGAGCAGCUCUUGCGAGGGUAGCCCCACUGAAGGCUUGGAGGCAGCCCACGAGUUCGCAGAAGAGGUGGCUAGACAGGCUCAGCUACAUCAGCAACAACAGCUCAGGCCGAUUGUUAUAGAUGGAAGCAAUGUUGCUAUGAGCCAUGGUAACAAAGAAAUCUUCUCUUGUCGCGGCAUCAAAAUCUGCGUGGACUGGUUCAAGGCUCGCGGCCAUAAGGACAUCACAGUGUUCGUGCCAAAGUGGCGGAAGGAGUCGCCAAGACCUGACAAUUUGAUCCGCGAUCAGGAGAUUCUCGCCGAGUUGGAGAAAGAAAGACUGCUGGUAUUUACACCAUCGCGUUUAGUCGGGGGUAAACGAAUGGUGUGUUACGAUGACAGGUACAUCUUGAAGUUGGCCGCUCAGACUGAUGGGAUUGUUGUCAGCAAUGAUAACUAUAGGGAUUUAUGCCAAGAGAACGCCGAGUUCCGCAAAGUAGUAGAAGAACGCAUCCUAAUGUACUCGUUCGUGAACGAUCACUUCAUGCCCCCCGACGACCCGUUGGGUCGAUCGGGGCCGACGUUGGACAAUUUCCUGCGGUGCCAGCCCAAGAAGGGCGACCCGCCGCCCCCCUGUCCCUACGGCAAGAAGUGCACCUACGGGAACAAGUGCAAGUACAACCAUCCUGAAAGGGGGCCGUUGCCGCACAAGAGUGUCACCGAGAGGCUGUCCGAACACGCACAGAGGCAUCUACAGGCUCGUGAAGGUGACAUAAGAAAAACACCGCUUGGCCGAACACACUCCAACGUUCCACCACCAAAAGAUCACCAAUCCGCGCAUGCUGUUGUUUCCAAGAGCAGGAGUGUUGACAACGUUGGAUGUUCUUAUCAAAUGAGUCAACCUCCCCCACAACCACCCCAAUCGCAGGAGAACUUGCACAAAAAAUUGCAAAGGCAACUGACACUGAACCCAUCAGCGGAUCCCAGAUUGGGGCGACGGUACCCGGCGCCUAUAGCAAGUGGUGCCACCCAAAUGCAACCAAUGCCAGCACCAGGGACUUCCCCAUAUGUCAGUUGGGAUGUUCAUCAACACGUCACCAGGAUAGCUUCGGCCCCCGAUUCGUACAGACCUUGGCCUCCGCAGCAACAUCCCCAGCACAGGCAUAUGCAGAGGAUAUCUAGUUGUUCGGACACCCAGCUAAACAUCUGGCCACCUCCAGCGUGGUCACAAAGUGGUUCGAUUCCUCAGCUGAACCCCACGAUACAAGAAGACGCUCGCCGCAAGCUGCACUACCAUCUGGCGGCCAUCUUUCCUGAAGAGCAAGUCACACAAGCCAUGCAGAUGUACCCUGAUGAGACGAAUCCGCAAAAGAUAUGCGCUGCCAUAUUGUCCAUGUUUCCCAAGACGUAAUUUGAGAUUUCAGUUGGAUUGGUUUUUCAUUUUAGAGUUGUCUUUGUCACGAAUUUAUGAAAGCGUUCUGAUUGUGGCGCCAAAUCCUGUUAUCAGAGCUCGGAGCACUUUUAUAAAUGAUCUAGAAAAAUAAUUGUUAAGGCUCGCCAGUACCUAGCGUGAGCUUGAGAAUUGUAGCGAGAUGUGCAUUUCUGAGUCAGUCAAGAGGCGUGGCUUCAUCACUUUCCCUGGGGGGAAAUGUGAAGUACCAAACAACGCAACUGACAAAUGAAAAAAUAAUACAGUUAUUUCAUUGUUGAAUAACCACGGACUAUCACAAUCACACUAAAUUUUUAGGCAAAUCGACUGCAAGUAAUUUUCUUUAUCGUUUGUGCAGGGUUCUUUAAUCUAGAAUAAAACUACAAGUUAACACCAAACAGUAGCAAACGGAACUAAUGUAUUCAUAUAAUAAACUAAAAUACCCCUUGAAUAAUCCCUAGAACUAGGGACAUAUCUCCAGACCUUGUCAGUCUAGAGCGCAAAGAGAACCAUAAACGCGUGCUAAAAUAUGCUCCGCGCUCAUCGACUACACGUUACCAUGGUAACAUGGUGUUUUAUUUAAAUACUGAUUACUGACCCUUUUUUGGGGGAAUAGGUGAAACAUUAUGAAAAUAAAAGGUAAAUACGAAAUACCUUGAGUAUAUUAGCCUUUUUUAUUUUUUUCACACAACUUUUUAUAAUAUAACCUGUUAUUAGUAUGUUACUAUUGUUUGGCUGUUUUUGAAGUGUUUAUUGCGAGUAUGGAAUGUUUAAGUACAUACAUUAUGACAAUUAUCGACAUUUUUUUUAAAAGCACACUGCAAAUCACGAGCUUAGGAUCGAUGUAUUUACGCUUCUAUGUUCUUGAUCUUAACCUAAGAUUAUUAGAAAACAUAGAUGUGCAGAGAUCACCAUCAUUGGUUAGAGGCACAGCCUCCCACUUUUCGUUAUCACAAUUUUUUUUUAUAAAAAUACCAUAGAGCACAACCAACACCUUAUACCUCUUAAAAACAAGUGGAUUACAAGCAAAAUGCAAUGGGGGUGGUUUGGCCUAGGGCCGAAUAGGUCUACCACAAUGCUGCCACGUUUCGAGAAAAACGUCGCAAUUUUUCAGGCACCAAAAUACUGAAAAUAGUAUUUAUCCACUAACGGUCAUUUUGACAUUUGCUCUCCAAGAAUGUUGCUUCUGACUAAUGAUUGUGAUCGAAAGCUUUAGAUAAAGUGGUACGUUUUUUUUUGUAACCCGCGUACCACUAUCAAGGAGCUUGGUUUUUAAAGUAACCAGAUGUGAGUUAGAUAUAGACAAGGAAAAACUUCAUAUUGAAGGACAUAUAAACCUGCUUUUGAGAUUGUGGUUUUCGCUGUAACUACUCAUUUUUAAUAUUAAUAAGUUGAUACUAUGUAUCUCUAGUAAAAUUGUUGCAAUUUUUGAAUUAUAGUAUAGUACGUUGGAAAUUUUAGAUGUAUAUUCAGGAAAAUAAAUAAUAGGAUAUAGUAUAAAACGAUUGGAACUACUUGUCUCUGUUCUCCGUUUUUGUUUUAUUUUGAUGAAUAUACAUAUAAUAUUUGUUACUAGCCCUGUAUCAAUUUAGAUAAAUAUAUUACAAUGGUUAAAUUAACAUGAAUUUUGUAUCAAGCGAUUUUUUAACUCAAAGAAGAUGCUACAAAUCAUGAUUCUAUCAACAUUUCUAGGCUCCGAGGGAAGUUAAGUUUAAACAGUGUAAGGCCCACAUUCAUAGUCGACCAUUUGAGGGCGGAGUUCCGAUUGAGGGUUGAUGAAUCCUCGGAUUUUGAGCGAAUAGUAGCUCACCUUCAAGUGAAGAUUCAAUAUUUGCACUUUACAGACUCUUACAUAACAGGUUUCCAAGAUCCUCAAAAUUUUCUCAAUUAAAAUUCUUAAAAACAUCGAGGAUUAUCAAAAUGUAUUUUUUUAAAUUUUCAAAUUUCAAUAUUUUUUAAAAUUAUCAAGACUUUAAAUAUUCUCAAAACUAUCAGGGUUAACAUUUUUAAAAUGUUCAUAAUUUUCAAAAUUUUCAGUCAAAAUCUUCGAUUUUAAAUAUUUUCAAAAUUUUCACCAUUUAAAUUUUCAAUUUUCGAUAUUUUCAAAAUUUCUACGAUUUUUAAAUUAUAUAUUCUGAAUUUCCAAAUUUCUCGAAACCAUCAGGAAUAUCAAAAUUUGUGCUCAUAGUUUUUGAUUUUCAAUUUUCAAACUCAUCUGUUUUCGAUAUUUUCAAAA